AUGUCUGACUAUACUAGGUAUCAUCUCCUAGGCGCUUUGCUCCUCGGUAUAGCACUGAGGGCUGCAUAUCAGGAGUGGACCAAGGAUAAGACACCGAGCGAUCAAAGUACAGCAGAUUUGCUCAAGCAAAAGAACAAUAUGCUGUCUAAAUUUGCAAAGAUAAAUCAUCUCAAGACAUUGAAGACGGUUCCAUCAGAAAUCGAAAAUGAUUUUCGGCAUGGAGCGGGAAGCAUCAGAGAAGGCAUUGAAGGCUGCAUUGGCGACACUCCCCUUAUCAAGAUAAAGUCACUGUCGGAAUUAACAGGAUGCGAAAUUCUGGCCAAAGCAGAGUUUCUCAAUGGCGCAGGCAACAGUCCCAAAGACCGAGUUGCUCUAAGCAUCAUCGAAAUGGCUGAGGAGAAAGGCUUGCUAGUGCCACAUUCGGGGGAUACCAUCUACGAAGGUACUGUAGGAAGUACUGGUAUCUCACUCGCCGCGAUAUGCAGAGCGAGAGGAUACAAGGCACACAUUUGCAUGCCAAACGAUAUGGCAGUCGAAAAGUCAGAUCUCCUUUUGAAGCUCGGCGCAGAGGUGGAAAGAGUACGUCCUGCGCCGAUUGUCGACCAAAAGCAGUUCGUCAACCUUGCCCGCACAAGAGCUGCCGAACACACCGCAAGCCCUGAAAAGCCUGGACGUGGACUCUUCGCAGACCAGUUCGAGACUGAAGCGAACUGGCGUGCACACUUCACCGGAACCGGUCCUGAAAUCUACGAACAGACUGGUGGCUUCUUAAAUGCCUUUGUCAGUGGUGCGGGUACAGGAGGCACCAUCUCAGGUGUUGCCAUGUAUCUAAAGUCGAAGUUGCCCAAUGUUCAAGUUGUGCUUGCUGAUCCCCCAGGAAGUGGCUUGUUCAACCGCAUCAAGUAUGGCGUAAUGUUUGACCCGAAAGAGAAGGAAGGAACACGGCGGCGACAUCAAGUUGAUACUAUUGUUGAAGGGAUCGGUAUCAACCGUGUGACGCACAACUUUGAAGUGGGCCGUGAGCUUAUUGACGAUGCCAUCAGAGUGAGUGACGAUCAAGCAAUCGCCAUGGCACAUUGGCUGGUCGAACAUGACGGAAUAUUCGUUGGCAGCUCCAGUGCUGUGAAUUGCGUGGCCGCCACGAAACUCGCAAAGUCACUUGGGCCUGGGCAUCGCAUCGUCACAAUACUGUGCGAUAGUGGGGCGAGACAUUUAAGCAAAUUCUGGAAGAGCACUGAGCCUGUCGGUGGCGCAGAGAACAAGACAAAGACGUAUGCUUCACAGUCACCACCACAGCGAUGUCUUAAUAUUUGUAACAAAGAGCAAAGCUCCAACAAUAGCCGUACUGACACAGGCCUUCUUACUCAACCACAAAAUUCAUCCGCUUGCCGCAGCAAACUCUUCGCAAAAUUCCCCGGUACACUUCCAUUUCACACCACGCAAAAAGAGACUAGGCUGAAAAGGCAAGAAUCAUCAUACUUGAUGCGUACCCCACGCAUGAGCGAUACAAACGGAAUCAGCAAGAAGACAAGCAAGCGAAAACCAAACCCAACCCAACCCGGCCUCCUCGACCGCAGAAUAGCCAAAAUGGGCCCUCGCACGCGCAACCCGGCACUCGCCUCCAAAAUCGCCGAAAUGCGUCUCAAGAUCGCCCCAAUCGUACAUGUCGAAACCGGCAUCCGAGCCCCAGACUUCCCCUCCACCAUGCUCGACCUCUUUCUCCUCACAGAAGAUCAAAUCGACGCCCUUGCCCGCUACUACAACCAAACCACCCCAACCUCGCUAACGCACCAAUACCCCCAAACCAUGAACUGGGACCUCGCCUUCCUCGACAAGGAUCCCGCGCUGCCCGAAACAUGCAGACUGAGCGAGUUGGAGCGCUUGAAGGUCAAGAUGAGAAUGUUUGCGCGCUUCAUUGGUAUGAGAGGGGCUCAUACGCCGCACUGGGAGUAUGAGCGCCAGAUUGAGAUUCUGAGAAAUAAGAUUGCGAGGCGUGUGCGGAUGGAGGAGCAAGACGAGCUGUUGCAGUGA